UGUACUGAUGCCAUGAAAGGGAGGAGAAAAGAUGCUCAAAAUGACAAAGGACAGAAAUUGAGACAUUUGGAGGAUUUUUUUUUUCUUCUAUUCUACAAAAGACUUCAAGUUAUGAUGCAGCAUCAUAAAUUCCCUGUCUGAGCCUCAGGAGGAGUAAAAUUUUCAUAGUGCAUGUGAGCCUCUCGUGUCACCAAGAUGCCAAUCCGGAACCAAGACACUUUCAAAAAUUCUGCAAGCGGAGAUGCUCUGCCAAAGCUACCGUUGCCCAGCCUCAGUGAGACUCUGGACACAUACCUGAGAUGCAUGAAGCAUCUGCUCACUGAAGAACAAUUCAACAAGACCCAGAACAUCGUGAAGCAAUUUGGAGCUCCUGGGGGAGUGGGAGAGCUGUUGCAGAGCAAACUUGUGGAGAGGAGGGAGAAAAUGGCAAACUGGGUUUAUGACUACUGGCUGAAUGACAUGUACCUGAACAACAGACUGGCUCUGCCCGUCAACUCAAGUCCUGCGAUGGUUUUUCCCCAACAGAACUUCAAAGCUCCCAUUGACUCUUUGAGGUUUGCUGCACACUUGAUAUCAGGAGUUUUGGAGUACAAGACGCUUCUUGAUGCCCGUGCCCUGCCUGUGGAUUAUGGCCAGGGCCAGUUGUCUGGUAAACCUCUAUGCAUGGAGCAGUACUACCGCCUCUUUACAUCAUAUCGCCGACCGGGGCCUGAAAGGGACACACUGGUGACCCUGGAGAGCAGCGUGAUGCCAGAGCCUGAACACAUUAUUGUGGCUUGUAAGAACCAGUUCUUCGUUCUGGAUGUGGUAAUUAAUUUUCGGAGGCUGAAUGAAAGUGAUCUGCUGACUCAGUUGGAAAAGAUAAGCAAGAUGGCUGGCAGUGAGGAUGAGCCUGUUCCACCUACAGGUCUUCUCACAUCGGAUGGACGGACAGAGUGGGCGGAGGCUCGCAGUGUACUAAUGAGAGAAUCAACCAACCGAGACUCUCUGGACAUAAUAGAGCGAUGUUUGUGCCUGGUUUGUUUGGAUGAUGCAAGUGGAACUGAGCAAAGUGAUACGACACGCGCCGCAAUGAUGCUUCAUGGAGGUGGGCCGAGCAAGAACGGAGGCAACCGCUGGUACGACAAGUCGAUGCAGUUUAUUGUUGGAGCCGAUGGCUGCUGUGGAGUCGUGUGUGAACACUCUCCAUUUGAAGGAAUUGUUCUUGUGCAGUGCUCAGAGUAUCUCCUUAAAGACAUGAUUGGCAGCCCAUCAAAGCUGGUCAGGGCUGCGAGUGUAAGCGAGCUGCCUGCGCCACGCAGACUGCGCUGGAAAUGUUCUCCAGAGAUACAAAAACUUCUCACCUCCUCUGCUGACAAGCUCCACAGACUGGUGAAGAAUCUGGACAUGAACAUCCACAAAUUCCCUGACUAUGGGAAAGAGUUUAUCAAGAAGCAGAAAAUGAGUCCAGAUGCCUACAUCCAGGUUGCUCUGCAGUUGGCAUACUAUCGGUGUCACGGCAGAGCGGUGUCGACAUAUGAGAGCGCUUCCACGCGACGCUUUCAGCAGGGCAGAGUUGACAACAUUCGCUCGGCCACACCUGAAGCUUUGGCCUUUGUUAGAGCAAUGACUGAUAGGAAGUUCAUCUCAAGAGAAAUAGAGAAGAUGGAGUUGUUGCGAUGUGCCAUAAAUGCACAGACAAAGUAUACUGUUAUGGCAACUACUGGGAUGGCAAUAGACAAUCACCUGCUGGGUCUGCGUGAGGCGGCUCGCGAAAUGAAAAUGGAGAAACCUGAGAUCUUCAAAGAUGACGCUUACCUCAUCAGUAAUCACUUUAUUCUCUCCACAAGUCAGGUCCCAACAAGUGUAGAAAUGUUCUGCUGCUACGGACCAGUGGUGCCCGAUGGAUACGGCGCUUGCUACAACCCUCAGUCCGACCACAUCAUCUUCUCAGUGUCCAGUUUCCAUGAGAGCCCGCAGACAUGUUCAGUGAAAUUUGUAAAGUGCUUGGUGCAAGGACUUCAGGACAUGAUGGACCUUUGCAAUAGGUGCAACGGUAGACCCAACCCAGCCGAGCAACGAUUAAAGAAUCAGACGAUGGAGAUGCAAACGCAGACGGAAACAAAGGGUAAAACAUCACAAGACUCAACCAAGAGUCAACUGACAAAUCCACAGGUUCUGGUGAAAAGUCCAGAACCAACUUUUACAGAGGCCCAAACCCAGACUUCUGCAAAAGGCAAGUUUUAAAAAAGCAAAAGUCAAUCUGAGAAAACUGUGCCACUCGAAUUACCUGUGGUGUGUAUUGAAGUGUAUUAUGGUGCAAUACUUUAUUUUUUCACAAAGUAACUGUGAUAAAAAAAUAUUACAUGGAUGUGUAAUAAAUUCUGCUGUACUGUGAAAUAUUAUUAGACUUUCAAAUAUAUUUUUUAUGGGUGAAGCUUUAUGUCUGUUGUCAAAAAUAUCAGUAGAAUAAAUAAGUUCAAAUGGCCAAUAUAUAUAGAUAUAUAUAUAUAUAUAUAGAUAUAUAGAUAUAUGUAGAUGGGAAAGAGAACCAUAUUUAAGAAACAAAUUAAUAUUUUGCACAACCAGAGCUAUUCUAACCAAAGAAGAAUUAUGAUGUGCUUUAGUUUACAUGUUAGCAUAAUCUUUUAAAUGAAGCUUGACUACAGCUGUGAGUUAUUGCACCCAUCUGCUUAAUGUGAUCUAAUUGUUCACUGAUAUCUAAUUAUUUACUUUGCUUAAUGCAGUCUUCUUCAGUGUAAUGUUUUUUGUUGUUUUUACCAUCUCUAUUGUACCAGCAUUGUUCUCUGUUCUGGGGUUUCUUCAAUAAGACAUCAUUUGAUGAAAUAAUUAGUUUUAAAUUCACUAUGUGCAUCAACUGUGUGCCACACACUGGGACUGACACUGUGCUUAUGUACAAAUAAAAUCAAAGUUUACAGUAUUUUAGAAGAGACACUACUAGUAUCUAUUGGCAGAAGACACAAUUUAACUGUUUUAUUUAAUGCAACAAGCUGGGAGUUGAAGUUAAAAAAGAAAGUACAUGAAAACUGCAAAUGAAAAAUUAUCAUUGUUCUUUGAUGUUGAUGUACUAUAAUUGUAAAAUCUAAGACAUUAAAAAACAAA